GGGAAGGGAAAUGGCUGUGGUGGAUCCAGCUCAGAUGCCGGUGACCUUCGAGGAUGUGGCUGUAUAUUUCAGUGAGGGGCAGGGGGCUCUGCUGGACCCCGGUCAGAGAGCCCUCUACAGGGACGUCAGGCAGGAGAAUUAUGAGACGGUGACUUCGCUGGGACUCUCCAUUCCCAAACCUGACCUAAUAGCCCGGCUGGAAGCAGGGGAAGAGCUGUGGGUCCCAGAUCUCCAGGCCCCCAAGGAAAGCAGCAUCCAAAGAGGCAGCCGCACAGCAGGUGACAAGACAAAGAGUUAGAAUGAGGAGGGGAAUCCACAGCAGGAAGGUCCUGAGAAAAUAGAACUUCAGGGGAGGUUAUUGAGAAGAGCUGAAGGGAAUUUUUCCCAGUGCU